AUGUAUUUAUACUCACCCCUGAGUUUCUUGAGUGCAAAGUUUUCUUUUGGGUAUUUACAGGGUUCAUCGUUCUCCUUUGAAACGAAGAAGGAACAAAGGAAAAAAUCAAUAACCAUGGAAUCAUCUAAGAGAAUCGAACACGAGAUUGGAGGUCUAAAGAAUGAUGCACUUCGAUUUGGACUUCAAGGUGUCAAGAGUGACAUCGUCGGAUCCCAUCCCCUCGAAUCCGCCUUUCAAUCGGCAAUCGUGAGAGAAGAGGAUAUGAAGAGGAAAAUGCUUGCAAACACCUACGGCUCCGCUUUUCCGUUAAAGCAGGAGUUCGAUCGAAAAAUCCUUUCUAGAUUUCAAAGGCCUCCUGGACUUAUACCAUCCUCCAUGCUUGGAUUAGAGUCAAUUACAGGAACUUUGGAAGAUUUUGGUGUUGAAGAUUACCUCCAAGGUGUUCAUGAUACUGAGACAAUGCGGGUCCCGGACAUGCAUCAUGGAAUGGAAGUUCGUGUUGGGAUCUCAAAGGGACCAGUUCAUCCCAGUUUCAUGUGAGGGGAGGUGUACUACUUUCUUUACUUGAGAGUAUCUAUAUAAUUUUCAGAUGUUGUGUUGCAGACAUUUGUGGUUUGACUUUAAAUAUCAACUUAAAUUUGCAUAUUUUCGUUUCUUUAGAUGUAUUUGAACAUGUUUUUACUUGCUUAUUAUUAUUGUCAUGUGUUUUCUUUUGCAAAUUAGUAGUAUUACAUGCAAGAUAGAAUCUGGGUGUGGGUGGAUAUGGGUUUAUUUAUAUAGGCGACUUGGGUUGUGAUUAUUUACAACAUUUGAUGUUGCUAAUUUUUGAGAAUUUGAAGAUAUCGUGUCUAACAAGUCGUGAUUUAUAAGACUUGUAAUGUUUAGAGUUCGAAAUUUUGUUGGCAACUGACGUGGGAUACUAAGGAAAUUGUCAAGACUGAAAUGUACUUUUUAAUUUUCUUUUUUAAUAUGCC